CCUUGCGCUGCAGCAUCCACAAGUACAUCAGCAUGACAAGGCCCUUCAGCCGCUUCAUGACGCGGAGGAAGAUCCUGAUCCUCAUCGCUGCCGGCUGGCUCUGGUCCAUUCUGUACAACCUGACGCCCCAGCUGGAACUCACCCACACAGUAUAUAAGGCCGGAGCGACCCAGUGCGGUCCGGAGAUUCCGCACAACACCAAGCAGCUCGUCCACAGUGCGGUCAACAGCACGGUUAACUUCUUCCUUCCGCUCAUCGUCAUGUUCUUCUGCUACACCAGGAUCUUCCUCAAGAUUCGAGACCAUCUCGGCAGGAUGCGUGACACGUCGAACAUGGCGGAGCGUCGGCGGCUGCUGCAGCAGCAGCGCAUCGCCGUCACCUUGUUCCUGGUGCUGGCCUGCUUCCUGCUCUGCCACGUGCCGUACAUCGUCUACUCCACCGGCCUGGUGCUCGCCACCGACCGCAUUCCGCUCAUCAUGAACCCCAUCUCGUACUGGUGUCUGUACAUGAACUCAGCUCUGAACCCCAUCACAUACGGCGCGCGGAGUUCCUCGUUCCGGGAGAGCUACAAGAACAUACUGCUCGGCCGGAGCCGUUCUCCAGUUCGCCAACACAGGGAGCAUCAGGAGCUGCGGCGGCAGCACCAGGCUGACGCAGAAAACUGGCACUAGCGCUUCGCUCAAGAAGCUUCGUCUGCAGGUCUCUCGGCCGCUGGUGACGUUCCAUCUCCGGCCCAACUGGUCCGACGAAUGCCUGAGUCCAGCCGUGCUGAACACGGACAGGGU